UGUCCCAUCCCCUCCGUCUUCUGUACUCGCUGCGCCCAUCCUCUGCCUGCCAUGGCCGCCUACAAGCUCGUGCUGAUCCGCCACGGAGAGAGCGCCUGGAACCUGGAGAACCGCUUCAGCGGCUGGUAUGACGCGGACCUGAGCCCCGCGGGGCACCAAGAAGCCCAGCGUGGUGGCCAAGCACUGCGAGAUGCUGGCUAUGAAUUUGAUAUCUGCUUCACCUCUGUCCAGAAGAGAGCAAUUCGUACUCUUUGGAUAGUACUAGAUGCCAUUGACCAGAUGUGGUUGCCUGUAGUCAGGACCUGGCGGCUCAAUGAACGGCAUUAUGGAGGUCUGACAGGCCUCAACAAAGCAGAGACGGCUGCUAAGCAUGGUGAGGCCCAGGUCAAGAUCUGGCGACGAUCCUAUGAUAUCCCACCACCUCCGAUGGAGGCCAACCACCCCUUCUACAGCAACAUCAACAAGGACCGGCGCUAUGCAGAUCUUACCGAGGAUCAGUUGCCCUCCUGUGAGAGCCUGAAAGACACCAUUGCCCGGGCUCUACCCUUCUGGAAUGAGGAAAUUGUCCCCCAGAUCAAGGAAGGAAAACGAGUUCUGAUUGCAGCCCAUGGCAAUAGCCUUCGAGGGAUUGUCAAACAUCUUGAGGGUCUGUCUGAAGAAGCAAUAAUGGAGCUAAACCUGCCCACUGGCAUUCCUAUCGUGUAUGAGUUGGACAAGAAUCUGAAACCCAUCAAGCCCAUGCAGUUCCUUGGGGAUGAAGAGACCGUGCGUAAAGCCAUGGAGGCCGUGGCAGCCCAAGACAAGGCCAAGAAGUGA